GUCGGAAAUUCGGAACUUCAAUGAUUAUAAUAUUUAGCUAUUAUUUAUUUUUAAAUGCUUACUAGUACUCACUGCUCGUAUUGAGUACAAUACGCCAAUAUACUUACUAUAGUCACCAGUUCCGCGGUACUUACCGCCGGCGGCCAGAGAUUUUUAACCGCGAGUUCGCAGCGACCCCGACUAUUUCGUUUGCCCGUCAGAAAUGUUCCGGAACCGGGUGAAACACAUCAGUUGGUUCGUUUACGAAUCGUUUGCGAGGACUGUUGGAUACCGUCAGCCCCAUCGUUUGGCUGUCAAGCCAUCGCCAAACAUCCGACUGCCGGUGGCGUUGAGCCUAGCCCUUCCUUUCUUUAGCAGCAAAAAUACAAGCUUGACUAAAGUCAACGAACACGAUUUAGAUGUCGAUAACGAAAAAGUAGUUUUGCAACAAAAACUUAUUGAAGCCGAUCAGCUCUUUCUGGCAAACAAGUAUGAGGACGUAGUACGUUUACUUGUUGACUAUAAGGACAAAAAUGAUGUACAAGUAUUAUGGCGUUUGAGCAAAGCUGAGUACAAUAUGAGUUUAGAUGAAAACAUUAGCAAGGAGAAAAAAAAAUCUUUGAUAUCAUCAGCACAUGAAUCUAUUAUUAAAGCAUUAAACAUUGAUUCAAAUAUAUCUGAAGUUCACAAAUGGGCUGCUGUCUUAAUCGAUGCAUACAGCAAUAUCAAUUUAGGAAUCAAAGAACAAUUACUUAAAUUGGAAACUGUGAAAUUUCAUUUGCAAAUGGCAUUGGAACUUAACCCGAAAGAUCCAUUGAUACGAUACAUGAUUGGUUAUUGGUGUUACAAUCUUGCUGAUAUCUCUUGGUUUCGGAGAAAGCUUGGAUCAAUUAUAUUUGGCACUGAAAUUCCUGAGUCGACAUACGAAGAAGCAUUAGAAUAUUUUAGAGAAGCUGAAUCAAUUCAACCUAAGUUUUACUGCAAAAAUCUUCUUAUGUUGGGCAAAACGUUUUUGAAGAUGGACAACAAGUUUAGCGCCGAGUAUUAUCUGAAACUAGUCACUCAAUACCCUGUUAAAACUGUCGAAGACCAUCAAGCCAAAAUUGAAGCAGAAAAAAUUCUCAAAUCAUCGUUUUAGUAAUAGUCAAAUUGCUAUAAUUUUCUUCUACAACUUCAUGACAGCUGGAUUAUUAUCAUCACCGCCGCUUUAAAAUUCUAAUGAAUGUGUAUGUUAAAUGACUACUAUAUUUUUACCCUAACUUAGCAUUUUAGUGUAGAUAACCUAUAACUCCAGAAUUUCUAUUCUCCAAUGAUCUGUAUCCGGGUUCUUCAAACUAUAGCAUGCAUCUUAAGUUUAAAACCUCCCAAUAUAUUUUGUUUUCAUAUAAUAUUAUCUGCACAUAAAUUGUAACCUGUAAGAACUUGUUAUUUUAUUUAUUAAAAAAAAAUUGUUUUCAAAUCAUUGUAAAUUGUUAUAAUUUAAAAUAGGUAUACUUAGUAUGAACUGUGCUUUAAUAGUAUAUAAGUGUCUAUGAGAUACUAAUCUUAUGUUUAAUAAGAUAACGCUUUAAGUUACAUUUUUUUUGCUGUCACUAGUCCUAUACUUUAUGUAUUAUACUUAAAUCAUAAUAUAUAUAAAUAAAAACUUUAUAAUUAAGGAGUCGAAACUUAGCUGUUAAUUACAACCUAUUUAUGACUUAUUUUAAACAUAGUAUUCUGUGAUUAAACAAAAUGAUCUUUUUUAUGUUACUUAAUUUAUUUAUGAUUUGUUACAGUUAGACUUAUUAUGUAUUAGUAUUUAUUUGUUCCUUUGAAGUGCUGUGUGUUACAUUAGUUUUACAUUUUUUACUUUUGUUAUGAAAAUAAACUAUUAUCACUUAAACAAUCUA